UACACAGCUAUGAAUAUUUCAAAGCAAAGCCAAUCAGCAACAACAAAGCUAACGGAAUGACAAACCGUUGUGUAAACAGGAAAAUGUUACAGUCCAUUGGUCAGACUACAACCUUGAAAAUUGUUACGGUGUCUGGUCGCCAAGAAACAAGAAAAUAAUCCAAGCACGGGAGACAGUGCAUUGAGGACUCUGUGUAUGAUCUGGUCUCUCAGCCAGGCAGUUGUGGGAGAGAAGUCCUGGGUUUUUUAACCUUUUAUAAUAAGGCUUCUUUGAGGAAGGUGAACUUAAAGACAGAAGUCGCUAGAACAAACCAGGAGAGGAAGGAUGACAGUUUUAAUCACAUCUGUGUAAAAACAAGAGGGGUUCAGGGAAGGAUGUGCAAGUAAAGAGGUUGUGACAGUGUCACUAAAUCCAGAAUAGAACGUGAUGUAUAAGGAAAGAAAGCAUUGUGGAAUCUCUACAAGUUAAAGGCCACCUUUGGAAAAUUCGGGAGAACAAAGGUGCAGAAUGCGAAAACGUUACAGAUUACUUGAAAAAUUUGGCCUGGUGUGCAUAGGAACACUGGGCUUAAUGUACAUUUUCGGUCACAACAGCCCGCCAGAACCAAUUGAUAUUGUGCCCCAGGAAGCCAUCCAACCGUUGGGCUCGCACAGCCUUGAUGCUGUCCAAACAGAGAAGCCAAAGCCAAAGCCAAAGCCUGCUCCCACGUGCAGAGAAAAUAUGAGUGUUUCAAGUUUGCCAACGUUUGCGGGUCAGCCGCAGAAUGUGAAGGACUUCCUGAGGUACAAGCACUGCAGAGAUUUCAAUCUCCUGCAGAACGUGCCAGACAAGUGUGGAAGGCCAGAGAAUUCUCACAAUGUCUUCUUGCUGCUGGUGAUCAAAUCUGACCCCUUCAAUCACGACCGGCGCGACAUGGUGAGGAGGACGUGGGGGAAGGAGCGGAAAUUCCAGGGUGUCCAAAUCAAGCGGGUCUUCAUCACCGCCAUGUCUCCGAACCAGCAUGAGCAGAAGAAACUGAACCGGGUGCUGGAGCUGGAGAACCGGCAACAUCGGGACAUCCUGCAGUGGGAUUUCCUGGACACCUUCUUCAACCUGACCCUCAAGCAGUACAAACUGCUUCAGUGGCUGGACAUCUAUUGUCCCAAGGCCCAGUUCAUCUUCAACGGAGAUGAUGAUGUCUUCGCCAACAGCGACAACAUGGUGGAGUACCUGCAGGGCGUGGAGGCCGGUCAGAAGGGAGGCCUGCAUCUCUACGUGGGGCACCUCAUCGCUGGUGUGGGCCCCAUCCGGGAGAAGUGGAGCAAAUACUACAUCCCUGAGUUGGUGACCACCUCCCAGUCCUACCCACCUUACGCAGGCGGCGGGGGCAUCCUCAUGUCACGGUACACGGCCAGCGUCAUUUACACUGUGGCCCGCGGGAUCGAAGUCUUCCCCAUCGAUGACGUGUUCUUCGGCAUGUGCCUGGAGAGAGCGGGCCUGGCCCCCAAAUCGCACAUGGGUUUCCGAACGGCUGGUGUGUGGGUACCGUCUCCCCAGGAUGACACGUUUAACCCGUGCUACUACCGGGAGCUCCUAUUGGUGCACCGCUUCCGGCCGUAUGAGCUGCUGUUGAUGUGGGAGGCAGUGCACAACAGCAGCCUGCGUUGUGCCCGAUCACCUCCAGAAGGUGGUGUUGCAACAGACAUAGGGCACCACGAUUCAUGAAUCACCAAACCUUGGUAUUGUGGGUGGCACACUGGGACUCGUGCAUACUUAUUGAAGGAAAUCCUUACAAAUAGACUUCAGCAUCUACCAUAUCACCAUUCAGCAACAUCUCCCCUCCCCCCACCCCCAACCAAAUGGGGAAUAUCUUGCUUGGCAGUUAUCCAGGCCAUUCUCCCUCUGAAACUACAGCCUGCCCUCCAGCUGCUGAGUGUCAAGGGUGUCAACGACAUGGAGCAUUGUAGCUCAGUCCAAUGCACGCCUUGUCUGGUGUCCCAGUGAAGCUUACUGCAAAAUGGUCAAGAUUUAUCCAAUCUCCCAUCCUCGGAAGCCCUGUUGUGUUGAUACACAUACUCAUACUGAUGGACACUGAGCGACACACAGUGAAACACGAGGGUGUGUUUUUGAGCGAAGCUUUUUGUGCCUAGGGAAUAUUUCCAAUCAUUUUAACCUCUGUUGCCCUCCCCACAAUCCCGUAUCUUUACCUCACCCAAAGCUCGGAGUGAUUAAUAAUAUUCCAACAGUGAAUGCUGAAGAUUGAGAGUUCAUUGGGUCAUCCCAUCUAGAAGCAAUUUCUGAAGUUGUCUUUGGGUCAGGGUGAAAAAGUUCCAAGUUGUUCAUGAGCCAUUUAGAUGCUGCAGUGUGUUUGGUGAGCUGGGGUCAGUGAGUGGAAUGGAUGUGCUCAAUGCCAUUCCUCAUGCCUUUAAUUCUAACUUGAUACCAUGGUCUCCAUCCAAUCAUUAGCUCAAACUGAAUUGUCUUCCUCUUCCUGGUUUCCUUUUGAUCAAGGGGGUGGGUUAAUUUCACAGAUCUUAUUUUGAUAAGUUUUGCAUCUCCAUGAUGCAAAUUAGACUGAUACUGAUUUGUUUAAAUGCAGCAAGAAGAAAAAUGCAACUUUGGUGUUGUUUGUUUAUACUAUUUGUGAGUUUGGUAGAAAUAUCAAAAAGCUAUUUCCUUAUUUUAUUAUUUUAAGAAGAAAGCUUGGAUUUAUUAAGAGCAAGCAGACUGUGAAUGAUCGCCACCAGACUAGACAGAGGGAGAAGGCACCCUCUUGUCGUGAUGUCAGUGCAAACAGGAAUGUGAAAGCAAUUGUUGCAUCACUUAGAUCAGACAGUAACUACAUGUUCAAAAAUGCUUUGGUUCUAAAGUCCCCAAAAUAUGUAAAAAGCCUUGAAUAAAUACAAACUGUCUUUCUACUAAAAUUUGAACACAA